AUGGGGCACCCGGGCAAUAGGGGAUCGUGGGGCCCCUGUGGCCCAAACAAAAAAAACUAUGAAAAAGGUACCAGGGGCAUCUCAUGGGGCCCCCUACUGACCCCGGGCCCUCGGACAGUGCCUGAGUUUCCAAAUGGUCAGUCUGCCCCUGCUUCAAGAUGACAAAUGUUGGUGCCGUGCAGGGGCGGACUGACAACUCAUGGGGCCCCCGGGCAAAAGGGGAUCAUGGGGCCCCUGUGUCCUUGCACACACUCAAAAAAGCCUAUAAAAAAGGUACCAGGGGCAUUUCAUGGGGCCCCCUACUGACCCCGGGCCCUCGGGCAGUGCCCGAGUGCUUGAAUGGUCAGUCCGCCCCUGCG